AUGCCGCCGAUGCGUCCCUACGAGAAUGAGGGCCCGACCAUCCUCGGAACUACGCUAACCGUCACCAUCGUGGCCGUGCUUACUACGAUUGCGAGAUUCUACGUCAGGAUUAGGAUGAUCAGGAAUGUUGGUUGGGACGACUAUGUGAUGCUGUUGGCUAUGAUGUUGUGCGUUGCUGGUCAAUGCCUCGUCAUCCCCCAAGUCCACUAUGGAGCAGGAAAGCAUGUCGAUUACAUCAAGCCUGAGGACUUCAUAGCGGGCCUCAGGCUGAACCUCAUUUCUCAGCCCGUAUUUCUCUUCGCAAUCUGUUUUGUAAAGAUUUCGGUGGGUUUCUUCCUCUUAAGAAUCGCGGUCGGGAAAUUCUACAAACGCCUAAUCAGCGGCAUCAUGGCGUUUAUGAGCAUCUAUACGGUCGGCUGUGUCCUUACAGUUCUACUGCAAUGCACGGAUAUCCGUUUGAUGUGGGACCAACGCGUCAAGGGUACAUGUUGGACCGUCAAAACAAGACAAGCCUUGGGCUUUCUCAACAUCGUGCUGAACAUCCUUACCGACAUUGCCUUUUCAAUUCCCAUGUUAUGGGGCGUGCAGAUGAAUCGCCGUCACAAAGCUUCUCUCAUAUGUAUCCUUGGCCUCGGAACGUUCGCCACGGCCGCUGCCUUCGUCAAACUCUCCUACCUACCCGCCUACGGGCGCGAGGGCGACCUUUUGUGGGACUCGCGCAACAUGACCAUCUGGACUGUCAUUGAAUGCAACGUUGGCAUCAUCGCUGGCAAUCUGCCCUGCCUCAAACCGCUUUUCCGCUCUAUACUCGUUUCCACAUACGGCAGUGGUUCUCGCAAGACCUCACAGCUUCGCUACCACUCAAGCGCAUACGCACCAGGCUCAAAGCAGCGCUCCGCAGCCAGAGACUAUGGUCAGUUAUCGUCUAAUAAGGCAUUAGACGGCGAAUAUGCAAGCUAUGGCGCGGCUGGCAAAGCGUACAUGUUGACGACGAUCGACGCCAAAACCAAGCAAGCUCGAGAGACGAGCGGAAGUUCAUCUGGAAGCAGCUCUCCAGUCGCAGAAAGAGGCAGCACCGAAAGCAUUACGAGGCUGAACAAUAAUAAAGCGCAAGCAUCUGGUGGAUUGGGUGAUAUUACAGUCACGACGAAGGUAGAUGUGAGCGAAUCGGUGCACUCGCAGGAACUAUAUCCGGAAGGGAGGACGUUUUGGAGACCAGAAGCAAAGGAAAUGGUCUAG